AUCUUUUAAGGAGGUUCAGAAUUAGCCACACAUACCAGCAAAGUAUCUAAUUAAAAUGGUCCUGCCAGCUGUUGUGGUGGAGCAUGAUGGGAAGGAACAAUCAACAGUGCAGCUUGGUAGCAACGAAGGGACAAGAAACAAAAGGGACCAUGAAGGAUCAAAACCAAGGGAGGUAGGAAAACAAGAAUGGACUAGGGCUGGAACUACACACAAGAAACUAUGACAAGACCAACAGAAUGUACGACAUUCACAGAAGCACUGAUCUGAGCCUGCAGGAUGAGGCAGACACCGUCACAGAAAAGCUUUCCACACAGCUUCCCGGGGCCCCUCAAUGGACAACAGCUGGGCCCCCAGAUCACGUGUACCUCCUGGCAGCCACCAUCUUCCAGAGCUUCCGCUUGGAGAUGUCAUCUGUGCGCAGGCUGAUAGACUACGGGGAGAAGACCAAGCCACCCGUGCCCAAGGCCAGGGAUGAGGCGUCCCGGCACUGGGCCUACGAGCUGGCCUUCAACACCCUCACGUAUCACGAGCUUCUCGAAGACACCAUCAUUGACAGCAGCCUCUCCUACAUCUUUCCUGCAGACAUGAUGAGUCUUGCCAUGGUGAUGCUGUACGACCUCCAGGACAGGAAGUUCAUCCCCCAAAAGCGACCCAGUUCUGACCAAGUGGAGCGGCUGGCUGACGUGGUGGAGGCGGAGAGGUGUCUGAACAGUUCCAGGACCAAACUGGCGGCCUCACUGGCCCGCUGCCGGAUUAGACGUGGCCUUCUCUCCAUCGACGCCGCCUUGCCGGAGUCUGUGAGGAAGCGCCGGGAACGAGCCUCUUCCCUGCCCCUGUUCGCCUGGGUCAACAGCCUGAAAACCUGCCACGAGGACAUCUGCAGUGCUCUGGAGGCGGGGGGCUUUUCUCAGGUGAACGGCCUCGAGCAGCUGCAGGGGGCUACCUUCUGCCAGGACCCGCACUGCCAGGAGCUGCUCGCCUUCCCUUCUCGCUUCAGAGGACAUCUCUACGGCUCGCCGCUUUUCAUCCACCGGAAGCUCCUCGUUCAGGAUAAGUGUCGCACUUUGGCCCUUAAAUGCGUGAGCCCCCUGCUGGCCAAAGGGAGUAACCUGCUGCUGGCAGGCACCCUGUCGGCCUCGAGCAUUGCUCAUGCCGCCACCCUCGCCGCGCCACACUCCGCCCAGGUCUACAUCUGCAGGGUCAGUCACAUGGGGCCACAGAGAGGGGAGCUCCAGCGCUGCCUGUCCGACAUGGGCUGCAAAAAUGUGAGGCUUCUCCCGGAGCUCUUCACGGAGCUGGAGCCGAGCGACAUGCUGCUCUACAGAGUCCACGUCAUCCUGCUAAUGCCUCCCUGCUCUGCCUCUGGGGUCAGCGAUCCUGUGCAGUUCCUCCUGGCCGAGAGCGGAGACUUGGACCUUCUUCCAGACCUCUGCCGCGGUUCACUCUCCUCACGAAAGCUCACCGACCUGGAGGCCAGACAGAUGCAGUAUCUCACUCACGCCAUGAUGUUUCCCAAGGUGCGGGAGGUGCUGUACUGCACAUGCUCCGUGCGGAGGGAGGAGAACGAGGACGUGGUGGAGCGGGCCCUGCAGCUGGGGGGAGGGGCCAGACACCAACCGUUCAGGGUGAAGCCCCCGGCACUAACUUCCAUCAGCAUGUCCCCAGAGGGGGCCGUUGACGACCCCUUCUUCAGGAAAAGUUCCUCCGAGGACAGUAAUGGCUGCUUUAUAGCCUGGCUGACCAUGGAGCUGGACCCAGAGGAGGAGGUGCAGAAAGUUCUGGAACGAGCACUUGCUAAGGGCUUGCUUGCCGGAGACGGCGUGGGAGGUGUCGAGGCCAGUCGGCCACCCAAGAAGACGAAACGGAGACGGAUGGGGAACGUCGCACUGGGUGCUCGCCCUGCCGCCUGGCCUCGGGCCUCCUCCACGAGACAGGUUCACUCUCAGGAGGUCUCAGAGGCUGGAUCCCAACCUGGGGGCAGCCUUAAGGGCCUUGUCAGCAAGCGCUCAACACGGAGGAAAGUAGGAAAGCGAAAGACAGCGAAACGAGCCCCCAAGGCCAAGAAUGAGAGCCUUGAUCCAUCACCUUUCCUUCGCUGGCCCCGCCCCAAUACUGUCAGCCAAUAACAAGCCCCACCCCCUCACACUAUCAUUGGUAGAUGUAGUCCAUCUCCCCUUCCCUAGCCCCAAGUUCCAGUUACAUUAUGGCCACACUGACUGGUGGCAUUAUUCUGAGUAGCGACUGCAGUGGGUCCUCAUAUACCAUGAUUGUAGAGGAUUUCAAAUUGUAACACAUACGGCAUUUGGUGCAGAGCUUGAUUAAAAUGAUAUAAUGCUUGAUUAGAAAGCCCUCAGAUUAAAUCUGCUGAUUUUAUUACAUUAAAACAACUACAUAUUCAUGUUCAGUUCUGUCUCCAUACGAUACUAAAAAGUAAUUCGAAGCUUUUAAAAGCAGACAUAAAAAUACCAGCUCUUGGGCAAACUUUCACUUAAAUAUAGUUCAUGAAUAAUUCAGCCAUUGCUCCGUGUGGCUGAGCGUCAGCUUGAUACGACGGGGGUAAAAAAAAUCAGCAUUUUGGGGAACCUAUUAUGGCUCAACUAGGAAGUUAUAAAACAUAAAAGUGGUUUCAUGGGUAGAAAGGACUUCAGGGGACAUGCCAGUGUCCUGUGAGGUGAGGAGGAUGGAGGGAAAGUAAGUCAGAAACACCUGCUAAGACUUUGUUCUGGAGAGUGCAGAGCCUGACUAACUAGACGAUUUUUAUAGAAUCUCAAAUACAAAGCAGGUAUAGAUAAAGGUACCAGGGACAGAAAUAUAUCCGGCCCUUAACUGCCUUUCAAAAAUUUGCUGAAUUUGCAAAAAUAUGCUAAAUAGUCUCUAGACCAAUAUUUGGAAAUUUCAGCAUUUUUUCCCUCUUGUCGUGCCGAAGCGAUUAUUAUAAAAAAUAUUAGUUUGUCUUAAACUUGGAGAAAACAAGACCCUGCUCUUAUUAAAGACUAAUAUGAAAUGGUUUUAAAGUUUAACCACGCAAGGUGUGUAGUAACAUAUCUAAAAUAUUUACUGUGUGUAACUCAAAAUGAUGUGUAAUGAAACCCGAAACCCACCCAAAAUCUAUAGGGUGGGGGGGGUCUAUAACGUGCAAUAAAUGGUUUCAUUAA